UCCAUAUUAAGCUGAGGAUCUCCGAUACAACCACAGCUUUUUUUUUUCAUUGCAUUCCUAUGGGACAGUUACAAUGACCACAUCUCCUGAUCUCCUGGUACAGGUAGAAGCCAAAAUCCUGCUAAGCUCAUGGAACCAGUCCAGAGAGAUAUCUGAGACUCAGUACCCUAUCAAUAUGUUUAGCAACCAUAAAAAUGCUAACAACACAAAUGCCUCAUUGGAGAAUGAAAAGGAUGUGAGUAUGAUAGUGAUUCAGUUCAUUUAUGCCAUUGUGUGCAUAAUUGGGCUAAUUGGGAACUCCAUGGUGAUUUUUGUGAUCUUGAGAUAUGCCAAAAUGAAGACAGCCACCAACAUUUACAUCUUGAACUUGGCUAUUGCUGAUGAGCUUUUCAUGCUGAGUGUCCCUUUCCUUGCAGCGUCUGCAGCUCUGCGUCACUGGCCAUUUGGCUCAGGUAUGUGUCGCACUGUCCUUAGUGUGGAUGGCAUCAACAUGUUCACCAGUGUAUUCUGUCUGACGGUGCUCAGUGUGGACAGAUAUGUUGCUGUAGUUCAUCCUCUGAGAGCUGCAAGGUACAGAAGACCCACAGUGGCCAAAAUGAUAAAUAUUUGUGUUUGGAUUGUGUCUUUGCUGGUUAUUUCUCCCAUCCUCAUAUUUGCAGAUACUAUGCCCUCUUCAAAUGGAGUGGUAGUAUGCAAUCUUAUGUGGCCCCAAAAAUCAUGGUCAGCUGUGUUUGUCAUAUACACUUUUCUGCUAGGUUUCUUUUUACCUGUAAUAGCUAUAUGCCUAUGUUACGUCCUCAUCAUUGUAAAAAUGAGAGCUGUAGCUCUGAAGGCAGGCUGGCAACAGCGAAAGAAAUCUGAAAAGAAAAUUACUCGUAUGGUCCUGAUGGUUGUUACAGUCUUUGUCAUCUGUUGGAUGCCUUUCUAUAUUGUUCAGCUCCUCAACCUCUUCCUUCAGGAGAUGGAUGACACUAUCAACCAUGUCUCCCUUAUCCUAAGUUAUGCCAAUAGCUGUGCUAACCCCAUUCUUUAUGGAUUUUUCUCAGAUAACUUUAAAAGGUCCUUCCAGAGGAUUGUUUGUUUUCGAUGGAUUGAGAAUGGUAAUGAUGAACCAGUUGAUUAUUACGCUACAGCCCUAAAAAGCAGGGUUUGUAAUAACCAUCCAUUGGACUUCCAACAAGACCCUCUUCAAUCUGAUCCAUGCUAUAAACAUGGGACAAUCACAAGGACUACUACCUUAUAGUAAACUUGAAAUGCCUUUCCUAUCACUGCUGCUAACCACACCUGCUACUGUUCAGCCACAAGUUUACAUGUAUGUGAAACCGUCCUGACUUUAUGAUUGUUUUAUUUGUAUUAGUGGUGGAAUCAAGUGUGUUUAAUAAAUUGCAAAGACUAGUUUGAUCAA